UUGGGGGGAAUUUUCAGGGCUGCACAGAGUACAUGGAUGCUUCAUGUGUAAUCGUACUUGACCCACAAGCUAGUGAGAAUAAACGACGCUGGCAAUUUUGAUCUACUCACUCAUAGGGAAGAAACUUCUGUCUUUUAAGUUCUCUGGAACAACUGGGAUUAUAGUUCCUCAUUUCAGUCAGGGGAUUUCUUCCUGAACCAAACUGCAAAAACAGAGUAUUUGGGUAGCAUAUUUCACUAGCACACAGCCACGUUUGUUCGUUUUUGAGUGUUUUGGGACAGGAAAUCGAUCUACAGGGUAACAUUCACACUAAAAAGGAAACAGUAUGGGACGAUGGCUUGUUAGUACAAGUGACUCUGUUUUGGAAAUUACAGACAAGAAGCCUUGGAGGAAGAACGGCAUUAAAGAUCAAAAGCAUGGUGACUCCUGAUGACAACAUCCCCAAAUGAUGAACCCACGAGCAAAAAGGAACUUCUACUUGGCGGCACCUGACUUGCUGGAUCCAAAAUCUGCGGCUCAGAACUCCAAACCAAGGCUCUCGUUUUCCACAAAACCCACUGUGCUUGCUUCUCGGGUGGAGAGUGACACAGCCAUUAAUGUUAUGAAAUGGAAGACGGUCUCCACGAUUUUCCUGGUGGUCGUCCUCUAUCUGAUCAUUGGAGCCACUGUGUUCAAAGCAUUGGAGCAGCCUCACGAGAUUUCACAGAGGACCACCAUCGUGAUCCAGAAGCAAACAUUCAUUUCCGAACACUCCUGUGUCAAUUCGACUGAGCUGGACGAACUCAUCCAGCAAAUAGUGGCAGCAAUAAAUGCAGGGAUUAUACCAUUAGGAAACACCUCCAAUCAAAUCAGUCACUGGGACUUGGGAAGUUCCUUCUUCUUUGCUGGCACUGUUAUUACAACCAUAGGGUUUGGAAACAUCUCACCACGCACAGAAGGGGGGAAAAUAUUCUGUAUCAUCUAUGCCUUACUGGGAAUUCCUCUCUUUGGUUUUUUGUUGGCUGGAGUUGGAGAUCAACUAGGGACCAUAUUUGGAAAAGGAAUUGCAAAAGUGGAAGAUACGUUUAUUAAGUGGAAUGUGAGUCAGACCAAGAUUCGCAUCAUCUCAACAAUCAUAUUUAUACUGUUUGGCUGUGUGCUCUUCGUUGCUCUGCCUGCAAUCAUAUUCAAGCACAUAGAGGGCUGGAGUGCACUGGACGCCAUUUAUUUCGUGGUUAUCACUUUAACAACCAUUGGAUUUGGUGACUAUGUGGCAGGUGGAUCUGACAUUGAAUAUCUAGACUUCUACAAGCCCGUCGUGUGGUUUUGGAUCCUUGUUGGACUCGCGUACUUUGCUGCUGUCCUGAGCAUGAUUGGAGACUGGCUCCGAGUGAUAUCAAAAAAGACGAAGGAAGAGGUGGGAGAAUUCAGAGCCCAUGCUGCUGAGUGGACAGCCAACGUCACAGCCGAGUUCAAGGAAACCAGGAGGCGGCUGAGUGUGGAGAUUUACGACAAGUUCCAGCGCGCCACCUCCAUUAAGCGGAAGCUCUCCGCAGAACUGGCUGGGAACCACAACCAGGAACUGACUCCUUGUAGGAGGACCCUGUCGGUGAACCACCUAGCAAGCGAGAGGGAUGUCUUGCCUCCCUUACUGAAAACUGAAAGUAUCUAUUUGAAUGGAUUGACGCCACACUGUGCAGGCGAGGAAAUUGCUGUUAUAGAGAACAUUAAAUAGCCCUCUCUUUGCAGAGCCUUAGGCAUAGCCAUAGGUGAGGACUUCUAUAUGCUCUUUAGGACUGUUGCUGGUAGCAUUUUUUAAAUUGUGCAUGAGCUCUAAAGGGGGGAAAAAUAGAUACACCAUCAUGGUCAUCCACCAUCAAGAGAAUUUGGAAUUCUGAGCCAGCACUACCUUUUUGAUGAUGCUUGUUGAACGGUCCACUUUCUUUGAUGAGUGGAGCAAAACAAGCAAGGUCUGCUGCCUUUUUGUGCCCAGACUGUUUUUCUCCCUUUUUGUCCUAAUGUGCCAUACGGCUUCGGAAUGAAUUCGAAUUGUUUCUGGUAAUAAUGUAGCUUCAAGGGAUCAGUCCUUAACUUUUCAGGGUCUACCUAACUGAGCCUAGAUAUGGACCACUUAUGGAUGACAACAUUUCUUUUUGUAAAUGGCAAGAAAUUCAUAUGCAGCCUUUUACCUAAGAAAUUUCCUGUCAGUGCCUUAUCUUCUGAAGAAACAGAACCUCUCUAGCUAAUGUGUGGUUUGUCCUUCCCCGCCCCACCCGUAGGCUCACCUGCAGUCCUCUACCCCACGACUCCCAUUUGAAUACCAUACCUUGCUGGAAACAGUGUGUAAAAUGACUGACGUGAUGAUGCCCGAAGAAGGACCAGAUGCCAAAUUAGACGGACAUUGAAGCAACACUCAGACGCCCUAGCGUUAAAGGCACUGCAGAGAAAUGAGGUGCAGAGAUGGCCCCUCUGAGUAUUUAUUUGACUCAGGUACCAAUGGUACAUAUAUCCAGUGUAAUAAUUACCAGGCUGGUAAAAUUGGCUGCUGUCAGUCCUUUUUUUUCUCCUGGCAGUAUUUAGAAUUUAUCAUUUAUGAAUGACUAUACAUUUUUUAAAGGUGGAAGAAGAAAAUUUGUGUAUAUAUAUAUAUA